UGACGUCACUUAUCACUGCGCACCCAGUGCGCGCAUUCCUGUGCGACCGAUCACGUGGUUCUGCGCCUAUAUAUGGUGCGUCUUCUAAUAAACUUAUCAGUUGCUUCUUGGUAUGCUGUCUGCUGCUCACGUUAUUACACUGGCGACGAGGAUGGGAUCCGCCCCCUUGUACUAGCUCAGUACGAAGCAGUAUUGCGGGCGAUCGGCGGUCGACAGCCAUGGACCAGAAAACAACGGCAGCCAUGGCCUGGGACGGUUGAACUCGGCGGCACUACCUUCGGCAAGAGGCAACGCAGUCGUCGGGGAAAGCAACCCGAUAAGUAUACUGCACUUUUACUGAACAAUGGCGCGACUAGGCAAGCUAGACGAGUUCAACGAGAAGGAUCAGAAUUUUGAAUCCUAUCUGGAGCGUUUUGAGCACUUAGUCACCGCAAAUGACAUCAGAGAGGAAAAGAAGCUGGCAGUAUUCUUGAGUGUGAUAGGACCACGAACGUACGAGGUGCUCAAAAGUUUGGUAGUACCCGCUGUUCCUGGGGACAAGUCCUUUGAAGAGGUCACAGUGCUGUUGAAGAAACACUAUAGCCCACAGUGCUCGGUCAUUGCCGAACGUUGCAAAUUUAACAAGCGAGCACAAGAAGAGCAGGAAAGCGUCGAGGACUUCAUAGUGGCCUUAAAACAGUUAGCAAGGAAGUGCGAUUUCGGUCAGUUUCUGCAAGACGCGCUGCGAGACAGAAUAGUGGCAGGCAUAAGACGCGAGGAAACGCAACUCGCCCUAUUUGCUGAAGAAGAUUUAACCUUCGAAAAGGCGUGCAAGAUAGCCCAGGACCGAGAGCAGGCUGCGCGACAGACAGCGUUACUUCAUGCAGAAGGCAAGGAAGCGGCUUUUUAUGCAAUGGCGAUAGGAGGAAAAGGAAGC